AUGUCGGUGUGGAAGGCCUUGACCCAAAGGCGUAAGGAGCACGGGCUGGUGGCUGUGCCCUGUACUGAGUUUCUUCUCUCUGUUUUCCUUGCAGGUGUGUUACUAGACAUCCAGCAGCACUUUGGAGUCAAAGACAGUGGGGCUGGCUUACUACAGACAGUUUUCAUCUGUAGUUUCAUGGUUGCGGCGCCUAUCUUUGGUUACCUUGGUGACCGUUUCAACAGAAAGAUCAUUCUCAGCUGUGGGAUCUUCUUUUGGUCAGCUGUCACUUUUUCAAGCUCCUUCAUCACUGAACAGUAUUUCUGGCUUCUUGUGCUCUCACGAGGGUUGGUUGGCAUCGGUGAAGCAAGUUACUCCACUAUUGCACCAACCAUCAUAGGAGACCUUUUCACCAAAAACACAAGGACCCUUAUGCUCUCAGUUUUCUACUUCGCAAUUCCUCUUGGCAGUGGCUUGGGAUACAUCACAGGGUCAAGUGUGAAGCAGGUUGCUGGAGACUGGCACUGGGCAUUGCGGGUAUCUCCACUCCUGGGAAUGAUAACAGGGACGCUCAUCUUGAUAUUUGUACCUGCUGCUAAAAGAGGAAAUGUUGAACAACUUGGGGGACAGCUGAAGGCUCGGACCUCAUGGCUGAGAGACAUGAAAGCACUGAUUAGAAACCGCAGCUACGUGUUCUCAUCGUUGGCCACCUCAGCUGUCUCCUUUGCCACAGGGGCACUUGGCAUGUGGAUCCCUCUCUACCUUCACAGAGCACAGGUCGUGCAGAAGACAGCAGAGACCUGCAGCUCACAGCCCUGCAGCACCAAAGAUAGCCUGAUCUUUGGAGCAAUCACAUGCUUCACUGGUUUCCUGGGUGUAAUCACAGGUGCUGGGGCAACCAAAUGGUGCCGGUUAAAAACUCAGCGAGCUGAUCCUCUUGUCUGUGCUGUCGGCAUGCUAGGAUCAGCCAUCUUCAUCUGUCUGAUCUUCGUUGCUGCCAAGAGCAGCAUUGUGGGAGCCUAUAUUUGCAUUUUUAUCGGAGAAACUCUUCUGUUUUCAAACUGGGCUAUCACAGCAGACAUACUAAUGUAUGUGGUCAUUCCAACACGACGUGCAACCGCAGUGGCCUUGCAGAGUUUCACUUCACACCUCCUGGGAGAUGCUGGCAGCCCUUAUCUGAUUGGAUUUAUCUCAGACCUGAUACGACAAAGCACGAAGGAGUCCCCAGUCUGGGAGUUCCUCAGCUUGGGGUAUGCACUCAUGCUCUGCCCGUUUGUCGUUGUCCUAGGAGGGAUGUUUUUCCUGGCCACAGCCCUCUUCUUCCUAAGUGACCGAGCCAAAGCUGAACAACAUAAAGAAACCGAUUCGGACCACCUCACGGUUGGCAACUACAGUAAUUCAGAAGACGCUUCCACAUGA